CCCUUCCCUUUCUGUGACCUCCUCCUUAUCAAUAAAAGCCCCCUCCCCGCUGCGCUGCUCCUCAGAGCAUUUCACUGAUGGUAGGAAGCGGGUUUUAGCAGUUUUAAAGAUGCAGACCUCCAAGAGUUUUCGUUUGGAUGAUUUCAUCGCGGGAUGGAUCGGCGGAGCGUCCAGUGUGGUGGUGGGUCAUCCUCUGGACACGGUCAAGACGCGGCUGCAGGCGGGAAAAGGCUACAAGAACACGCUCCACUGUGUCCUCACCAUCUACAGGAAGGAGACGGUGGCAGGUUUCUUUAAAGGCAUGUCGUUCCCGCUGGCCAGCAUCACGCUCUACAACUCGGCCGUGUUCGGCUUCUUCAGUAACACGCAGAGACUCAUAAGCAAACAUCGCUAUGGCGACGGGCGCCAUCCCUGCAGCAUGCUGGACCUGACCGUGGCCAGCAUGCUGACCGGCCUGAUGUCCGUGGGCCUGGGAGCGCCGGUCGAUCUGGUCAAGAUCAGACUGCAGAUGCAGACGCAGAUGGUUCUAGCAGAGAACCUGCACCUCGCUGGUAACGUAUCGAGCGGCACUAACAUCCCUCUGCGCUCGGUCGACCUCCCGGGACAGAGGGUUUACCGGGGCCCCAUCCACUGCAUCAGCAGCAUCCUGCAGGCCGAGGGCCUCCAGGGCCUGUACAGAGGAGCCGGGGCCAUGAUCCUCAGGGACGUCCCCGGCUACACGCUCUACUUCAUCCCUUACACCAUCUUCUGUGACCUGCUGAAGCCCGACGCCGCCGCCUCAAGCCUCCAUCCUUGUUCCAUCUGGCUCGCGGGAGGAUUGGCAGGCUCCAUCUCCUGGGUCACGGCGACGCCGGCCGAUGUGGUGAAGAGUCGGAUGCAGGCGGACGCUCAGCUGCAGAGGAAGUACAGGGGGAUCCUACACUGCAUCGUCCACAGCUACAAGACAGAGGGAGCUCAGGUGUUUUUCCGCGGAGCGUCCGUUAACGCCAUCCGUGGUUUCCCCAUGAGCGCCACCAUGUUCCUGACCUACGAGCUCUCGCUGCAGUUCUUCAGGAGCCUUUAGGACGAAGGAAACGAAGGAAACGAAGGAAACGAAGGAAUCACACCGAGUUAUUUGGUGAACGAGCUCAGCUGACGAAUCUGAGCUGGUUUUAAAGAGGAGUUGAGACGCAGACUUGAUUCUGACUUUUUAAGCAGAUGGAUUUUAAAUGAAUUAAGAUGAUUUUAGCGUCAGAAAUUUUACCAAAGAACUCGGUGUGAAGUUCCUUUCGAGCCCUGAGACUCAGUUCGCUUUUAAAAAACUCCACAAUUCAAAGAGGGAAAAAGAAGUUUAGUUAAACUUUCAUCACAAAUCGUUUUAAACCAAUGAGUCUUUACGGAGUCGCACUUUAAUCUCAGCACGAAGAAGAAGAAGAAACAACCUGAGGUCACAAAACAGAGCUUUUAUAUAAACGAUGUGACAUUUUCAACACGAUUCGUUUUUCUUUUACAAGCUGAUCAAAAAAAAAAGAAUUAAUUAAAUAUAAUCUGCUUUCGUCUCUAACGUUAAUGCAAAGUGUUGGAAAUGACACGUCUUUCAUUCGUAAAACGUUUGUUUCUUAUAUUAAGAAAAGAGAGAACAGUUACAUUAUUAUUCCUCCUUUUUAUUUUUAUUUCUGCAGCGAACGUGUUUAAUCAUUAACAGUUAGCAUUCACAGCUAAUGAUGCACAAAUUUUAUUUUAAAAUCACUUAUUUUAAGAGACUAAACGAGCAACAAAUUAGAUAUUUCUCAUUUUAGAGUGAAUAUCUGUGGCUGUUUUUAAUAGUUUUCAUGUCUCGUUGUAAAUACCUGUAAAUAUAUUGAUGCUUUUAGCAGCGUCUGACUGUACAUAAACAAAUAAAUGAAUAAAUGAAGCAUUUAAACACA